AUGGAAACACCUAAAGGCUCUUGGUCUCUGAAGUUGGAGGUGCCACAGCUGCAGAGAGGUGGUCAAAAUGCGAAUCAUUUUGUGAAAACCUGUGUCCCCAGGCUGCAGAGGCAGGUGAAAAAAACUAAGGACAUCUUUGGGAAGAAUUCUGCAAAUGUGAGUUUGAGACGUCAUAUCCCCAUAGAAGACGCAGAGCAGGAGGAAGAAGAGGAGGAAAUGGCAGCUUCUCAGGGACAGCUGACAUUCGAGGAUGUGGCCAAAGACUUCACCCAAGAGGAGUGGGAGUGCCUGGACCUCCGUCAGCAGGAAUUGUACAGGGACGUGAUCUUAGAGAACUACGGGAACCUGGCCUCCUUGGAUGUGAGUUUGAGACAUCAUAUCCCCACAGAAGACGCAGAGCAGGAGGAAGAAGAGGAGGAAAUGGCAGCUUCUCAGGGAUGGCUGACAUUCCAGGAUGUGGCCAUAGACUUCACUGAAGAGGAGUGGGAAUGCCUGGACCUCAGUCAGCGAGAAUUGUACAGGGACGUGAUGUUAGAGAACUACAGCCACCUGGCCUGCUUGCGUCUUCCACUAAAUGAGAGUACACACACUGGAGAGAAGACUUACAAUUGUGAAUAUGGUGAUGUCUCUAAUCAGUCUUCAAAUCUCACUCAACAGCAGAGUAUUCAGAAUCCGCAGAAAAGUUACAAGUGUAAGCAAUGUGAGAAAGCCUUUACUAACUCAUCCAGUCUAAGUAGACACAGGAAAAUUCAUUCAGGAUGGAAACCUUUCAAAUGUUCAGAGUGUGGCAACACCUCUAAUCAGAAUUCAGAGCUUAGUCAGGAUCAGCAAAUCCACACUGGCAAGAAACCUUAUGAAUGUAAAGAAUGUGAAAAAGCAUUUAGGUCUUCCUCAAACAUUAGUCGACAUCAGCAAAUUCACACUGGGGAGAAGCAUUAUAAAUGUACAAAUUGUGGCAAAGCCUUUAAUCAGAAGUCACAUCUUACUGAACACCAGAGAAUUCAUACUGGAGAGAAGCCUUAUAAAUGUAAAGAAUGCGGGAAAGCCUUUAGUCACAACUCAACUCUUACUCAACACCAGCGAAUUCAUACUGGAGAGAAGCCUUAUAUAUGUCAGGAUUGUGGCAAAGAAUUUCACCAGUGUGCAGGUCUUACUUACCAUCAGAGAAUUCAUACUGGAGAGAAGCCUUAUAAAUGUAAAGAUUGUGGCAAAGAAUUUAAGAAAUGCUCAGAUCUUACUUACCAUCAAAGAAUUCAUACUGGAGAAAAGCCUUAUAAAUGUACAGAAUGUGGGAAAUCUUUUAGUCAGAACUCAAUUCUCACUCAACACCAGCGAAUUCAUACUGGGGAGAGGCCUUAUAAAUGUCAGGAUUGUGGCAAAGACUUUAGUAAGCACUCAGGUCUUACUCAACACCAGACAAUUCAUACUGGAGAGAAGCCUUAUAAAUGUAAAGAAUGCGGAAAAGCCUUCAGUCACUACUCAACUCUUACUCAACACCAGAGAAUUCAUACUGGGGAGAGGCCUUAUAAAUGUAAGCAUUGUGGCAAAGCCUUUAGCAAGCACUCAGCUCUUACUUACCAUCAGAGAAUUCAUACUGGAGAGAAACCUUAUAAAUGUAAGGAUUGUGGGAAAGCAUUUAGAGUGCACUCAUGUCUUACUAAACAUCAAUUAAUCCAUACUGGAGAGAAGCCUUAUAAAUGUAAGGAUUGUGGCAAAGCUUUUAGACAGCACUCAUGUCUUACUAAACAUCAAGUAAUCCAUACUGGAGAGAAAUCUUAUAAAUGUAAAGAAUGCGGAAAAGCCUUCAGUCACCACUCAAGUCUUAUUCGACACCAGCGAAUUCAUACUGGAGAGAAA